UCCCUCCAAUUAAUCCCAAAGGGUAGAGCUAGCAUGGCUGGUGGUGGAGGAGCCAAUGACCGCUCCUUGGAGGAGACAUCGACAUGGGCCGUCGCUGUGGUUUGCUUGGUCCUGGUUAGCAUCUCCAUCAUCAUCGAGCACGCCAUCCACCUCAUCGGCAAGUGGUUGAAGAAGCGUCACAAGCGGCCACUUUACGAGGCUCUAGAGAAGAUCAAAUCCGAGCUGAUGCUGCUGGGGUUCAUUUCCUUGCUCUUGACCGUUAGCCAAGGCCUCAUAUCCAAAAUAUGUGUGCCCCAAAGCGUGGGCAAUUCAUGGCACCCAUGUAAACGAGAAGAAGAGGCUACCGCCGCCAGCACCGACGAUGAUGAUGACUCCAAGGAUUUUCAUGGUACCGCCGGCCGGAGACUGCUGUAUACUGAAUCAUCUACCAUUUUCCGGCGCAUUUUAGCUGGAGGGGGGACCGACGAGUGCGCACCAAAGGGUAAAGUUCCAUUCGUUUCCUCCGAUGGUAUCCAUCAGCUCCACAUCUUUAUCUUCGUCUUGGCCGUCUCCCAUGUUUUCUACUGCAUAAGCACGAUGGCUUUAGGCAGACUAAAGAUGAGACGCUGGAAAGCCUGGGAAUUGGAAACCAAAACAGUUGAAUACCAAUUUUCACAUGAUCCUGACAGGUUUAGAUUGGCAAGAGAUACAUCUUUCGGCCGUCGGCAUUUGAGCUUCUGGAGCAAAUCACCCAUUCUCAUCUGGAUUGUAUGCUUCUUCAGACAGUUUCUGAGAUCAGUUCGUAAAGUUGACUACUGGACGCUACGACAUGGCUUCGUCAUGGCUCAUUUGGCUCCCCAAAGCUCGACGAAGUUUAACUUUCAGAAAUACAUAAAGAGAUCACUUGAAGAAGAGUUCAAAGUUGUUGUUGGGAUAAGCCCAACAAUAUGGUUCUUUGCAGUACUAUUUCUACUAUUCAACACUCACGGCAUGCGCUCCUAUCUGUGGCUACCAUUUGUCCCUUUGAUUAUAAUUCUCCUAGUGGGAACAAAACUUCAGGUGAUAAUAACAAAGAUGGCUGUACGUAUUAUGGAGCGUGGAGAUGUCGUGAAGGGUAUCCCUAUCGUCAAGCCCACAGAUGAUCUCUUCUGGUUCAACCGUCCUGGCCUCCUACUAUACCUCAUUCAUUUUGUCCUUUUUCAGAAUGCAUUUCAACUUGCGUUCUUUGCAUGGAGCUGGUUUGAAUUUGGUUACCCUUCAUGCUUCCACAAGCGAAUAGAAGACAUCAUCAUCAGAAUCUCCAUGGGGGUCCUCAUCCAGGUAUUAUGUAGCUAUGUCACACUACCUCUCUAUGCACUCGUAACGCAGAUGGGGUCCAACAUGAAGCCUACCAUCUUCAGUGACAGAGUGGCAACUGCUCUAAGGAAAUGGCAUAAUACAGCAAGAAAACACUUAAAAGAGAAUCGGCGGUCUAGCAGUGUGACACCUUUGUCGACAAGUAGGCCAGCAACCCCAAUCCAUGGCUUAUCACCAGUACACCUCUUACGACACUAUAGGAGUGAGGUGGACAGCCUCCAAGCUUCCCCGAGGCGAUAUACUAUUGAUGAUGAACAGCCUGAUCUAGAAGAGACACCAUCACAAUCCCACCACACAAUCAGUGGGUCUUCUUUCCACCACAUGCAACAAGGACAGUUCGAGGGAGGAAGAGAAAUGCAAGAAUUGGGUAAUAUAUCUGAGCAGCAACUGCCGCAUGACAUUGAUUCUAAUCAGGGAGCUAGUAUUUCUAUCGACUUUUCAUUUGAUAAGAGACAGAGAUGAUCACUGAAUAGCUCUCACAUGGUGCAGCUUUAAAGGUCAUCUCUACCAUGCAUGAUAAAUGACUUCUAAGUUUCACUAAUCAGU